AUUGACAGUUCGAAAUGAAAACAAAUAAACUCACAACGUGAAAAUGGGAUUUGAUCAAUCUGAAGUGGAAAAACUUGGCGAGGAAAAAAUUGAUACCGGAAAGAAAUUAAUUGAACGAUUAAAUUUGUUGACUCAUAUUCAAGGUGUUGGAAAGGUUCAGAAAAAGAUCUCGGCUGAGAUUUCAACAUUAAAAAAUGCAAUUAUAUCAAAACGACUGAAGAUAAACCACAUUGCAUGCAGUAACUUAGUGCAUUUUUCUUACCUGGUGAAAGUUCUAGAAGAAACGAAUGACGUAGUAGGGGUUGAUUUUCCAAUUAAACUGCGCGGAAGUCAAAAAUCCACCAUUCGAAUCGAUAUUGUUGCAAAUAAUGGAAAAACAUGGAUCAAAGUAAUAGCCAGAAAUCCAAAAGCUUUGAAUGACAUCGCUCUGGGACGUUCCAACUACGGUGCAAAGAGUAUUUUGGAUCAUGCAAGUUGUUAUAUUGAGGCGGCAAAAGAUAACCUUCAAUGUUUUCAAACUCCAAAGGUCGUUUUUGAUUUUGCUAAUCCAAUUGACAAUGAGUUGGCAAACUCACUGGAAGAGCUUCACAUUGAUGUUCGUAUCGAUGGGACGAACAAAUCAAGUGGCGAAAUGAAUGAACCAAUUGGAGUGAAUUCUAAACUGAAUUUAGAUGUAACUACGAUGAUGGCCUUUGUUUCUGCAUUGACGUGUGAAUCAUGCGAUUGGGAAUUCACGCAGAAAAUUUUAUCUGAACAAGCUCAUCGCGAGCGUUCGACUUCAACAAAAACAUUUUUGGAUGAAUUGUUUCAAGGUAAGGAGCUGAUAGCAUGUGAAACAGCCAAAGACAGUUUUUUAAGCAUUUUAAAUGUUGUCGGCGGGCCAAAUGAGAAAAUUCGAGCAUCGAAACUACUAAAUUCAGUUACGUUUCUACCUGAUAUAAAUGAAAUUGAAGAAAAUUCUUUAUGGAGUGGAAAUGUAAAAUUGCGAUUGGGAAAGAAAAUACAACAUCGUACAUACAAGGUGUUUACAUUUGGAAUGUACCACAAAGCAAUCACAGUUACCGCAAAUAAGGGCGCAGCCGAAGCGGCAAAAAUGCAGGGGAUCAGCGUUCCGGUGGUUAUACAUGAAGCAAGGGCCUUAACAGAACAAAAACAAUCAACAGCCAAAAAUUUUUAACUUUCUGAAUGCAAAGAAAUAUCCCUAUUCAUCAAUUACUACAAAAGGUGGAGCUGCCCAUGGGAACGCAACAAACAGACCAUUUUAUGUAAACAAACUUUCUUUCCACAUCAAAGAUUGUUUAUAAUUAUUAUAAUAAUAAA